AUGACAUCGUACCUCUCGCGACUUAAUCCAGUUCCAGGAUUUCCUGAGUACACAGGACCUUACAAAGUAGGAUCAAUCGAUGUCGAAUUACCAAUCUCCGAACUCGAUUCACCAUCUCCAUCACCGGACGAGAGCAUAUCCACAGUACAGUAUCAGAUUUUCUACCCAUGUGAACCGGAUGCGAAGGGAAAGGGAUUGAGUUGGAUACCAACACCACAGAGAGAAUAUGUCUCUGCGUAUGCUAGAUUUGUUGGCGCGGGGACGAAACUCGCAGAGUUUAUCUCCUUCUUUCCUCGAAUUCUACAUUACAUAUCGAUACCAGUCCGCAAAAAUGCUGCCCUCCUGUCCCCACCCACAUCGAACACGAAAUGGCCCGUCAUGAUAUUUUCGCACGGACUUGGUGGAACUAGAAACGCAUAUUCUCAUCUUGUUGGCUCUCUUGCUUCCCAUGGAAUGAUAGUGAUAGCCCCGGAGCAUAGAGAUGGCAGUGGGCCUGUGUCGUUUAUACGCGACGCACCAUCCACUUCGCAUACGGAGAAGACAUCGGCAGGAACGAAGAAAAGGAAGGUAGAAUAUGUUAAAUUAUCACAUAAUCCUUCUCGGGAAGUGGAGGAAGGUCGGAAUGCUCAACUUCGGGUUCGAUUAUGGGAAAUGGGGAUCAUACACUCUAGUUUGCUGAAAUUGGAUACCGGCGACAAGCUUACGAAUCUGGAUACUUCUUCGGCACCUCUGUCUGCAUUUGCGACUAAGCUGGAUGUCCACCGACCCGGCAAAAUCACGUUUGCCGGGCAUUCGUUUGGUGCCUCAACUGUCACUCAGUUUGUAAAGUCGGUUUAUUAUUCGCCCAAGACAGCUUCCGCCCCGUCAGAUUACACACCACUCUUCACACCAUCCUCACGCUCGGAAAUAGUGUCUCAAAUAACACCGCAAACUCCUGUCGUCCUAUUGGACGCCUGGUGUCUGCCUUUGCGUGCUGCUUCAACCCGAUGGCUUUGGGAUCUCCCGUUUCCAUGCUACACGCCUGGUGGUCCGGGGCCAUCCAACCUACUAGCCGUUGAAUCUCAAGCAUUUUUCAAAUGGAAUGUGCAUUUAAAGAGCACGAAGCGUUUACUGUCAUCCGAUCCAUCCACCGCCUCCCCAAGGCACGAUAAUCGCGGAGAACCGCAUUUCUUUUAUGCAGCUACAUCUGCGCAUUUGAGUCAAUCGGAUUUCGGUAUCCUCUUUCCUUACCUGACCAAACGCUUCCUUGCAAUUGAGGAGCCGGAACGAAUCCUAAGACUCAAUGUUCGUGCUAUUACACAACUACUUAGAAACAACGACAUUGAGGUUGGACCCACUAGCCGCGCUGAUCUUGAAAUGGAGGAGGGCAGUCCAGAGGCUACCAACGACGACAAGAAAAUUUUGGCUAAGGGUGCGGUGAGAGGAUGGGUUUUCAUCAGCACCAAUUCAGACGAUGCAGGCGAUGAAGUGAGCAAUAAAGGCAAAGUAGAAGACACGCAAGCUGCAGCCCCUAGUGACGCUGUUCUUGGAAACGAGUUUGCUGUUGGAUCUGAAGGUACCAAGACAUCGGCAUGA